AUGAGGCUCUCUCCGUCUCCUGCUCUGGAUCCAAGUCUGGCUGGUAGUCUGGUUCUACUACAUCUAGCUGUGGUGGCUGGUGGGCUCGCCUUGCUCUCAUUUGCCUCUGCCUCUGCCUCUGGGCUGGAGUCUGUCAGAUGCAGGCUCCAAGGCACCCCUCGUCCUCCGGCGUUCUCCCAGGACGGGGACUUUGUCAUCGGGGGUGUUUUCUCCAUCCACAGCUACAUGCACACUGUGGAUCACAGCUACACCAGCCUACCUGAGCCCCUGCAGUGCACAGGGAGUUUGAACUCCCGUGAGUUGCGCUUCUCGCGCACCAUGCUCUUCGCAGUUGACGAGAUAAACAACAGUUCGGAUCUCCUACCGGGUGUCACACUUGGAUAUCAAGUGCACGACUCGUGCAACACGGUCCCCAUGGCCAUGAAUGUGGCCUUCCAUCUGGCUAACGGCCUGGACCCAAUGUUUGAUACCGGAGAACAGUGCUCAGGGUCGCCUACAGUAACAGCUAUCGUGGGCGAGUCUGCCUCCUCACCUACCCUCAGCAUGUUGCGCAUCAUCGGCCCUUUCGGCAUUCCUCAGGUCAGCCACUUUUCCACCUGUGCGUGUCUGAGUGAUAAGAAACAGUAUCCAACCUUCUUCAGAACUAUCCCCAGUGAUCAGUUCCAGGCUGCCGCUCUGGCCCACCUCAUCAGGCACUUCGGCUGGACCUGGAUUGGGGCGGUCCGUUCCGACUCUGACUACGGUAAUUACGGGAUGGCGGCUUUCCUACAGGCAGCACAAGAGGAGGGAAUCUGUGUAGAGUAUUCUGAAGCUUUCUCCCGUACCAACCCACUCAGCAGAGUGCAACGGGUGGCCGAUGUGAUCCGCAGCUCCACAGCCCGGGUGGUGGUUGCAUUUGUAUCCUACAGGGACAUGAAAAUCCUGCUGAGGGAGAUGGAACGCCUGCCCUCUCCGCCCCGCCAGUGGAUCGGGACUGAGUCCUGGGUCACUGACCCAGAUAUGUUGCGUUUCAGCCUGUGUGCCGGGGCCAUCGGAUUUGGCAUCCAACGCUCUGUCAUCCCUGGCCUCAGGGACUUCCUCCUGGACCUCUCCCCACAGAAGGUGUCCAACUCUCCCCUGCUCACUGAGUUCUGGGAGGGAGCCUUUGGCUGUGUUGGGGUUGAAGAGAAGGUGUGUGAUGGCAGUGAGGAUAUACAGCAGCUACAGGCCCCCUACACAGAUACAUCCCAGCUGCGUGUCACUAACAUGGUGUAUAAAGCUGUUUAUGCCAUAGCACACGCCAUCCACAGCAUCGUUUGUGAAGAGAGAGAAAACUCCACUGUGAACUGUGACAAAAACCUUAAUGUGAAGCCAACACAGGUCCUGGAGAGAUUGAGGAGGGUGAACUUCUCUCGUAACGGGUACCAGGUAUCUUUCGAUGCCAACGGGGACCCAGUGGCCACCUAUGAGCUGGUCAACUGGCAGAGACGGGAGAGUGGGAAGAUGGAGUUUGUGACAGUGGGGCUCUAUGAUGCGUCCCUGCCUCCUGACCAGAGGUUUGACAUCAGCAGGGAAAUCACCUGGGUAAAGAACAGUACCCAAGUACCUGUUUCAGUGUGCAGUGAGAGAUGUCCCCCAGGCACUCGUAAGGCUGUACAGACAGGAAAGCCUGUAUGCUGUUAUGACUGUAUCCAAUGUGCAGAGGGACAGAUCAGUAAUAAAUCAGAUUCUUCAGACUGUCUGAUCUGUCCCGAGGAGUACUGGCCCAACGCUGAGAGAGACCUCUGUAUCCUUAAGCCUGUUGAGUUCCUGUCCUUCCAUGAGGUCCUUGGAAUCAUCCUUACCGCCUGCUCUGUGGGCGGGGCUCUACUGGCCAUCACCACGGCAGCUGUCUUCUACCACCACCGACAUUCGGCCAUCGUCAGGGCCAACAACUCUGAGCUGAGCUUCCUGCUGCUCUUCUCCUUGGCUUUGUGUUUUCUGUGUUCUCUUACUUUCAUUGGCCGGCCCUCUGAGUGGUCCUGUAUGCUGCGUCACACAGCGUUUGGGAUCACCUUCGUUCUCUGCAUCUCUUGUGUUCUGGGGAAAACCAUAGUGGUGUUGAUGGCCUUCAGGGCUACACUUCCAGGCAGUAAUGUCAUGAAAUGGUUUGGUCCUCCACAGCAGAGAUUGACUGUAGUGUCCUUCACGUUUGUCCAGGCUAUGAUAUGCACUCUGUGGUUGGUCCUGUCCCCUCCCUUCCCCAUUAAAAACAUCACUACCUACAAGGAAAAGAUAAUUCUAGAGUGUGAUGUGGGUUCAGCUAUUGGUUUCUGGGCUGUGUUGGGCUAUAUAGGACUCCUGUCUCUCUUGUGCUUUGUGCUGGCUUUUCUGGCUCGGAAGCUGCCUGAUAACUUCAAUGAGGCCAAAUUCAUCACCUUCAGCAUGCUCAUAUUCUGUGCAGUCUGGAUCACCUUUAUCCCAGCUUAUGUCAGCUCUCCUGGGAAGUUGACUGUAGCUGUGGAGAUCUUUGCCAUCAUCACCUCUAGCUUUGGGUUGUUCUUUCUAUUAUUUGUUCCUAAAUGCUUUAUUAUUCUGUUCAGGCCGGAGAAGAACACCAAGAAACACCUUAUGGAGAAGACAUCCAAUGAUAUACGUUAUUAAGAAAUGAUUGAGUGGAAAACACAUUGUGUUCGAUGACCAACAUUUUAUCAGAUAAUCAUUGGUAACAUUGUAACUAGGAACAUGACACAGGUUCACUUUAGAUAUUCCAAUAUUAUGAAAGAUUGUUCAAAUCUAGAGUGUUAAAGUGAUUUUACUAAUGCCUUAGACAAUAGGAAGUACUGUGCCGCCUUGUUUCAUAGAUUUAUCUAAAGCUUUUGACACUGUAGAACAUGCGAUUCUUUUGGGUAAGCUGUCGUCAAUAGGACUGGGAUUGGAUGCCUGUCGUAGGGUUUAUGACUAUCUAAAGGAGAGAAGUCAGGCUGUUAGAGUUGACGGCAUCCAGUCAAAGCCAUUGGAGUUGGUUAAAGGGGUCCCACAAGGUUCUAUACUUGGUCCCUUACUGUUCACUCUCUACAUAAACUAUAUCUGUGAUGAGAUAAGAACUUGUCAAAUUCAUUUAUAUGCUGAUGACACUGUCAUGUACUCUAUCGCUUCAACGGCUGACCAAGCAUUAUCACUGUAUUUUAUACAGCUGAAAUUUGUUUUAAAUGCAAAGAAAACACAUUUUAUGAUUUUAAUAGGUUCAAAAAGUUGGUUGAAAAUACACUUGCACUUACGAGCUUAGAUGGUUCUCGAAUUAAUCAGGUCUCUGCAUAUAAAUACUUAGGGACAUGGUUGGAUGAUGAACUGUCUUUUAAAAUGCAUAUUGACGAACUUUGUAAAUGGCUAAAAAUCAAGCUAGGCUUCCUCUAUAAAAACAGGACAUGCUUGUCCUCUACAAAUAGAAAACAAAUGAUACAAGCUACUUUUAUGUCUGUUAUAGAUUAUGGGGAUAUUAUUUAUAUGCAUGCUAUGGCAUCAACACUUAAAUCGCUGGAUGCUACUUAUCAUUGCGCACUUAGGUUUAUUACUGGUGCUAGCUACAGAACUCACCACUGUGUUUUAUAUCAAAAUGUGGGUUGAACUUUGCUGUCUGUGAGACGAGAACACGCUCUCGUGUUUGUCUAUAAACCACUUCCGAAUAAGCUACCUUCUAAUUUAUCAUCACUCAUCAAUAUUAGAAUUAUAUAUCCUAAAAACAGGUCACAAGCAUGGACUACACUUGAGGCCCAUGCGAUUACCACAGAGUUGGGUAUGGCUGCCUUUUCCUAAUACGCUCCUUGCCUAUGUAAUAGCCUGCAGACUAAACUUAAACUUGAGACUCUUGUCCCCCUUGAUCAUUUUAAAUAUUUAUUGGAUCAUUUUUAUUUUUGAAUUGCUUGUAACUGUUUCGGGAAAGACAAGUUCUUGUGCUGUUAGUAGAAUAACCUACGUGUAAAUGAAAUAUCUUGCUGUUGUCACGCCUUGGUCAUUUUAUUUUGUGUUUUCGUUAUAUAUUUGGUCAGGCCAGGGUGUGACAAGGGUUUAUGUUAUUGUAUUUUCGUAUUGGGGUUUGUAGUAUUUGGGAUCGCGACUGAUUAGGGGUGUUGUAUAGGCUUGGCUGCCUGAGGCGGUUCUCAAUCAGAGUCAGGUGAUUCUCGUUGUCUCUGAUUGGGAACCGUAUUUAGGUAGCCUGGUUUUGCUUUGUAUUUCGUGGGUGAUUGUUCCUGUCUUUGUGUAGUUUCACUAGAUAGGCUGUAAUUAGGUUUCACGUUCCGUUUGUUGUUUUCGUAUGUGUAUAGUUAUUUCAUGUAUCGCUUUUUUCUAUUAAAGUCAUGAGUAACCACUA